AUGUUUCUUCGUGUCCACACAGUGCUACUGUCACUAGUUGUGCUGUUUGCAGUUGUGAAGGCCUUUACCGCAGAUGAGGUGGAGAUCUUCCAACUGCAAAAAUCGCUGGAGGAUAAAUACGGGCCCGAGAUGAACCUGUACAAGUUUCUGAAGCUGCCAAAUUUGAAGAAGUCAACGUCUAAAGAGAUCACGAAAAAUCUGCGGAGACUAUCGAAGAAGUACCAUCCGGAUAAGAACCCGAAAUAUAAGACUCUUUAUGCUCGGUUAAACCUUGCAACGCAGAUUCUCGCCAAUGAUGAGAAGCGGAAGACGUACGAUUACUACUGGAAGAACGGGUUCCCGGACUACGACUUUCAAAAAGGUGGGUUUUUCUUCACUAGGUUCAAACCGCAGACGUGGUUUCUUGCAGCGUUUGUAUACGUUGCAGUGAGUGUCAUCCACUACUACAUUUUGAAGUUGCAGUACACUUCUAACAGGAGACGCAUUGACAGUUUCAUUUUAGACUGCAAGCAAUACGACGACACUAAUGGGCUGGGCACGAAACGGUUGACUUUCCAAAGGGGGCCCGAGGAGCCUACUAAGCAGUUGCUGUUGAAGCUCGGAGAAGUGUACCUGAUAGAGGAGGAUGGUACGGAGGAACUGGUUUCACCGGAUACGAUCCCGCUACCCACCGUUUACGAUUCAUUCUUCUUCAAAUUUCCCAAGUGGGUGAUGAGAAAGAUUCAUCGGACGAAAGAUGCUGCAGACACCAAGGUGGAUACCAAAUUAAAGAAGAAUUGA